AUGGCUGAAGUGCUGUUGGGCUCUUUCCUUCAAGUGUUGUUUGACAGAUUGGCCUCUCGUGAGCUGCUCAAUUAUGCUCGACGGGAGAAGCUCCGUUCUCGGCUCAAGAGGUGGGAGAGGAACCUGCAGGAUAUUAACAUCGUCCUGGAAGAUGCCGAGGACCGGGCAAUGGGUGGAGAGAGCCGAGUGAUCACCCCUUGGCUGGACGACCUCAGGGACUUGGCUUACGAAGUAGAUGACCUGCUAGAUGAGUUCGGCACCGAGGAGGCGCUGCGCAGCAGCUUCAUGCCCUCUGAUCAGGCCGGUGCUUCUUCGAGCAAGCUGUACAGUCUUCUGCUCCCUAGAUGUAUAACUUGUAAUUUGAGCCCCAGAAGACUCGUGUUCAAGCACGAGAUGGGAUCUAAGGUCAAAGAGAUUGAUGGUAGAUUGGCUGACAUCAAGAGCCGCAAGGAAACUCUCAGACUAUCGGAGGGCGGUGGGGGGAGAAUAUAUAUAGCUAGCCACCAGAGAAGAUUGCCCAGCACUUAUUUGGCAGAGCCCUUCAUUCUCGGCAGAGACAAUGACAGAGAGGCUAUCAUGAACUUCCUGAUGGAUGAAAACGAGGAUCUCUCUGUUAUUCCCAUCGUCGGGAUGGGAGGGUUAGGCAAGACGACUCUCGCUCGGUUAGUCUAUAAUGAUGAGAAGGUGAAAGGAUCCUUCCCUGUAAGAGCGUGGGCCUGUGUCUCCGAUGAGUUCGACGUGCUGGCUGUAAUGAGGACGAUAUUCUUGCAGAUAAUGGGUCGGGCUCACGAGGGAAAGGAUUUGAAUGUCCUCCAAGUUGAAAUCCAGAAUAGUCUCUCAGUCUCAGGAAAGAAAUUCCUCAUUGUUUUGGACGAUGUCUGGGACAAGGAGGAUGCGACAUUACAUGACCGUUGGACUCUCCUGCGAAGGAAAUUCGAGUCAGGCAGAGCGAAAGUGUACACAUUGGGUACGCUUUCCCCUGAUGAUUGUAAGGCUUUACUCGCUUACCAUGCGCUUGGUGUGGUCAACUUCGAUAAUCACCCUGAUAUAAAGCCUGCGGGUGAGAAGAUUGCUGCGAAAUGUGCAGGCUUGCCUCUAGCAGCAAAGACUGUUGGGGGUGUGCUACGAUCAAGAUAUGAACUCGGCGAGUGGAAAACCAUAGCACAGAGUAGGAUAUGGGAUCUUCCUGAGACGAAAGGCGUGCCCCAAGCUUUGCUCCUCAGCUAUAUUUAUCUCCCUUCGGACUUGAAGCGAUGCUUUGUGUACUGCGCAGUAUUUCCCAAGGACCACGAAUUCGACAAGGAUGAUUUGAUCUCAUUGUGGAUGGCCGAGGGUCUUUUGGGGAGGGCACGUUUAGAGGAGAGCAUGCGAGAUCUUGGCUUGAGAUAUUUUCGUGAACUAUUGAGUAGAUCAUUCUUUCAUCCAUUCAGCGGGCAAGAAUCGUCGUUUGUUAUGCAUGAUCUCCUGAGCGACUUAGCAGCAUCGAUUGCAGGGGAGUUCUGCUUGAGUUUAGGGGAAGGUCAGUUGGACUCUUGCAAAGAGAAGAAAAGUCUCGAAAAGAAAGAUAGAAAUGCUACAUCGCUUGGGGUUCUACCUCAGCUGAAGGAAGUGGACGUUCAACGUAUGGAUGCGAUAUGUGCUGUGGGACCAGAAUUUUAUGGAAAUAUGGUGAAGCCUUUUCCAUCUUUAGAGAAACUAGUUUUUGUUGAGAUGUACGCAUGGGAGCAAUGGUCUUUCUCAACUGGCAAUGAUCAGGGAAAUGGUCCGUUCCCACGGCUUCGUAAGCUAAAACUGCGAGAUUGUCCAAAGUUGUUGAUCAUUGAAAGGUGGCUCAAUCAAUUUCCGAUGCUUGUAGAGCUUGUAAUUGAUGAGUGUCCACUGCUAGAAAAAAGGGGUCGGUUUGGGGAUUGUGAUGGGAGAAUGGUGACAGGUGUAGUUAGCAUAAGCUCAUCGAUUAAGUGUCUCACCAUGGUUAAAAUCGCAAGGAUUUCCGAGCUUACCAACUUCUUGCGAGGAGGUGCCCUGAGCUCCUUGGCAACACUUCAGGUGCUAUGGAUAGAGAGGUGCGAUGAAUUAACGUGCUUGUGGGAGGAAAAAGACGGAGGUGCAGCAGGUAUUAAUCGCAAUCGUGCUCUGAAGCAUCUGAGAAUAGAAGGAUGUCAUGGGCUAGUGAAGAUCGGUGCGUUUCCUCCUAAUCUCGAAGAUCUACAUCUGAAAGAUUGUUUGAAUCUAGAAGAGCUACCAAACGACAUGCCAAGCUCUCUCAGAGUGCUGGUGGUCUCGAGUCCGAAGAAACUUGAUAUCUAUAGAAGUGAGGUAUUGGGGUUGUCUCUGGAAGGGACAACAACAAUGGGCCUUGAGGAGAUCGCUAUCGCAUGCUGUAAGAUGUUAAACAGCUUAAGCCCACACCUCCACAGGUCGUUCACCCGUCUCACCCAGUUGCAUCUGAAAGACUGUCCCGCUCUAGAGUUAAGAGUGCUUGCCGUAGCUUCUAGACAUCCUGUAUCGUCUUCAUAUUCAUGGUUGCCUAGGGAUCAAGUCUCUCUCACAGCAGAUGCAUGCUCACUUGUCCCUGCGAGAACUAGAGAUUGUACGGGUAUCGCAUCCUUCCCAGAGGAGGGCUUGCCACCUAACCAGGCGCAUCUCAAUGUUUGGGAGUGCGAGAAUCUGAACCGGCCCAUGUCCAAGUGGGGCUUGAAGGAAACCACUGCCUUCCGGGGUUUGACGAUUGGUGGGAAGAUAGGGUGCCUCGUAGGGACGAAUUCGUUUCCUCCACCACCAGAUCACGAAGAAGAAGAUGAGGGACGAGGACAGGGAAAAGGAGGCUGGCAUGUGCUCCCUCCCAGCAUGAUUAGUAGAUGCAAAGCCACAUCACUUCUGAAGCUCAAGUUUUUGCCACGAGAAGGAUUCCUUGCCUCCCUUGGUUUGCUUCAUAUUGGAGGGUGCAGUGAAGAUCUGGUUGGAGAUUAUUUCCCCAUCAUUGAGCGCAUCCCCGAUAUCUGUCUCUGA